AUGUCUGGUAUAAAAAUCAUUGUUAUUACAUUUCUUUUAUGUCUGUUUAUUAUAAAUUCAAUAUGUAAAAACGAUAUUUGUAUUAAUAAAUCUAAUGGUUUCUAUGCUGAUUAUACAAGUUUAAAUUGUCAAACAUUUUAUUUUUGUUUCAAUGAAACACUUAAUAAAACUUUACAAUGUUUAAAUUCAUCUGAACCAAUAUUUAGUACAUAUCGACAACGUUGUAUAGGAGUAAAUCCUUUGUAUGAUGAAUGUUAUUUAGUAAAUAUAAAUGAAAAUCAUGAAAAUUGUGCUUGGUUUUCUGUUCAAUUAUCAACAACAUCUAAUUUAACAUAUCAUUAUUCUUGUUUAUAUCCAUUUUUAUUUGAUCUAGAAAGUAAAGGAUGUAAACAUUAUUCUCAAGUACAAUGUAAUCAACGAUUUGAACCAAAAGAUGCAUGUGAUUAUCAUCAUCCACAAAUACAUAGUUCUAUUGAUGAAAGACCUUGUUGGUUAAUACCAAGUUGUCGUAAUAAAACAAAUGGUUUUCAUGGUAAUCAAUUACAAGAAUGUUCAUCCUAUUAUGAAUGUAAAGAUGAACGUUUUCUAAAUUUAACAACAUGUCCAAAAAAUAUGCAUUUCUCAGAUAAAUCUAAAACAUGUUUGAUAACAUUAUCUAAUUGUGAAAAUUCAACUAAAUUUUAA